AGUUUAAUUAGGUUAUUGGAGGUUUUGGUUGUUGAGGAGGAAAAAGAAUAAGCCUCCCUCCUCCCGCCUCCUCCUGCUUCUCCAGAGUGGAUUUAUAAAGGAGAAACCCUCCAGUUGUUCCCAAAGAGCACUCCAAUCAAGUACUGACUUCUCACGUCAGAUAACAGGUCAGUGCUCAGAGGACGCAGGAGACACGCCUGAUGAUGCUGGUUUUCAUUAAAGCCAAUCCGGAACUCUUUACCUGUUAGAUAGGACUUAUAAUCUACAAUUUUGCUUUGACUCAGCUGUUGCUCACAGCUGUUUUCUCUGUUAUUUAAAAAAAAAAAAUCCAAUUUUUGAUCCUACCUGGCUCUACUGAGAUCUGCUUCCUACAGGAAGGUUUGCCCCUCUCUGCUGCCAUGACUGGCCUCCCCCUGGUGUGGCUGUGCUUGCUGCUCAGCCUCCUGCCUCUGGAGAUCCAGUCCCGGAGUCUGAGAGCUCACAGACACAGGUUAGGUGAACCCAGAAUCUGUAAAGCGUCUUACCCCAACUCCCCACCAGGUGUGUCUGAUCUUUCUGCUGCCAUCAGUAAUCCAAUCCCACAGGAAGAUACACAACACACUGGGAGGGCCCCACCGCACAGAGACCCAUCAUCAAAGUUGUCUGACAUGCUUCUUCAUGGAAACAAUAACUCGCUGCCGGUGGAACCGGUGUGGCAGCGGGGUUCAAGGGGUCGUCGUCAUGCCAACAGUGGAAGCUCAAGGGGCCAUGGUCAUCUGAUGAGGGUGGGGUGCGUUCUUGGCACCUGUCAGGUGCAGAACCUCAGUCACCGACUCUACCAGCUAAUUGGACAGAACGGCAGGGAGGACUUCUCCCCCAUCAACCCCCGCAGCCCCCACAGCUACGGCUAGCAUCACACCUCCAAUCAGAGGCGUAUUGGAGCAUUCAACCUUUCCAAAUCAUUCAUUUCCAUUGGACCACAGAUGGAAAACUUGACACCGAUGUUUACCCUAUCCAUUUAGUUUUUUUAUAGUUGUAGCUAGUAAUUUUCAAUGACUUUUUGAUAGCACUGUUCUCACUGAGGAAUUUCUUCAGAUCUGUGAAUGUUACAGCAUUUAUAAAGAAAAAAAAAAUGCUGUGAGAGAGUUAGAUGUCAAACAAACAAAGGGUAAAUAUGGCCGAAGAACUAAAUCUGUAUAUUACUAAAAUGUUCCUGAGAGAAAAAGAGCCAACUGGUGGUGUGUCACAUAUGCUUUGUGAUUUUUCUUUCUUAAUGAUGAGGGGAAGUGGCAGGAAAUCAUUGAUGAGGUAGGAAACCCCAGCUUCCUAUAAUUUUAGGAUUUAGUAGCUAAAGAAAGGAGAAAUUGGCGAGGCAAUGCCUGAUCCAGCCAGAAGUGUCCAGUCUUGAUUCAAAGACCCGGGGGCUCUCACAGUUUAUUAUUCCUUUUAUAAUAAAUUGUGUUUUCAUGACAAGUUGAGACAAAUUUAUGGUUUCUAAAUCAGCCAUGGUAUGCGAUGGCCAGUCAAGACUCGUCCAUGCAGAUGUUCCAAUCAGGACUUUUUGUGAUACCUAAUCAGUCAUUUGGGAUUAAGCAUUUGCAGAUACCAAAUCCCAAACCCCUGCAUCUCUUGCAGGUCAUUAGACCUGCAAGUGAUGUCUAAUGACAAAGCUCUAACUUAAGUUUGGGUGUUUGAUCUAAACACAGCAAACCAGAACAGUUUUAAUAGUUUAAUAAAACCAAUAUUACAGAGAUUUUAUUCAAAUUGAACACUUCUACUUUCGGAGCAGAACUCCUACCACUGUCGCCUCAAAAAAAUUUAAAUGAUGGAAAAGAUAUUCUCCAAACUCAACGAUCUGCAGAGGUAAACUUUUUUCCAAACAAAAUCUUUUGAACACAUUUGUACAAUGAGUUAAGAGUUUUAUCUUUUAAUUCAGCUCAAUUGACAAAGUAUGGUUCCAAUUUUAGUGACCCAUGAAAUAUAAAACAGCAAUAAUCAUUCAUUAUUUUAUGAAUUCAUAGACUUAGUUUGUUUUGAAGCUUGAGGUAAUCCAAUUACAUUUAUCUGUUAGUUGAACUGUGAUAAAUACAGAUUUCCCAGAACUGAUCAGACUAUUCACAAUUAUUAACUGUAUUUGGCACAGAAAACAGUAGGAGCAUACAUUACAAUCAAUUAGAUGACAAAACUUGCCUUAUCUUAAUGUUCUUUUAAAGUAAAUACUACAAAUAAGAAAAUAUAAAUACUACAAUCGUGCCAGUUUUUCACCAAGUUUAACAAACAUUUUACCAGCAGACUAUUUUCUCAAACUUAGCUGUCUGUCUAACAUCAGCUUUCAGCAUCAAUAUUGUUCCUGCUGUCCGAACUUGAGUGAGCUCAGUACUAAUCUCCAAAAAGCACUUUAAUCUCCAUGUGCAAACAAGCAGCUUUAGCAGCGAGGACAACCGCUGACCACACUGACCCCUCACUCCAAACGCUCACAACUCAAUCAACUAAAAUGAAUGCUGCUAAUCCAGGAUCUUGCUGCAGAUUUCUUAGCAGAGACUGAAGGUUGUCUUAACUUUCAGAACGAACAGAGGAUAGUGGAUGUAUCAAAGCACUGACUGGAAACUGGAACAGAGUGGGAUUUUGCUUUUUUGUAGUAGUUAUUUCCAGGCUUUUAAAAUAAGCCUAAAUGGGAUUACUGCUAUUGAGGUCUCUUUUUGUCCCUUCUGUUUCUGUGUAGGAGUUCAGUCACUUUAGUUUUGACUCAGUUUUGCUCUAAACUGUAAUAGAACAACAUGAAAGCACUUUGUAAGCAUGGCUUGAAUUUUAAAAGCAUGUCUUUAUUUCUAUGUCAAUAAACUACUGAACUAAUU